AAACAUGGCCGAAGAAUAUAGACGAUUGUCUCGUCAACAAGAAGUCGGACUUAAAGCAGAUUUAAGGCAGGGGAAAUCAAAUAUUUCGAGCUACAAAAACCCUAAAAGCAUGAGAGAACAACAUACUGUGAGUAAACUCGCACAUUCACCAAGAAGGCCGGCAAAAAGCGGUGAGAAAUCUGACGAAAAUGGCAAGUCUAAGGGGUGUUGUUCGAAGGACACAAAGGCAAAGUCCGACGACGGUUCGUCUUCGUCAGGUCGCUCAAUCGUAGAAAGACAAGACAAAAGAAAGUCUUUGCAGGUCCUACAGCCUUCUGCUGACGGACAGAAGUUGCUUGUCGGCGGAAGGACGAAACAAAAACCUAAGUCCAAACAGAGCGGAGCUCAUUCACAGCAAUGUUCGACAAAGUCGAGACAAAAGCAUCUAAAAAGUUAUCUAGUUAAAGCUUCUGAAGUUGAAAGUCCAUCAAGCGCGUCUGAUGCAGAUUCAAAUGUAAAUGUUGAUUUGAAAUUAAAGGAACUCGACUCAACAGAGGAGACGCGAGCGCUGAUGGUACAAGAAAAAGCGCCGGAAAAAUAUUGGGAAUUAAUUGCUGAGGAAAGACGAAAGGCUCUCGAGGAAACUUUAAAAGAAAAUAUUAUGCUUUACGAAGAAAUUGAAAAACUAAAAUCAGAGAACGCAAUACUGAAAGAGAAAGCGAACAACCUUGAGUACUUUGCGACGUUGUAUAAAAUCACGAAAGAUAAUUUUACAGCUGUAUCAGAAACGACAACUUUCAAAGAAAACAAUGGUUAGUUAGAAAAUACAAACUUACUCUUUAUUUAAAACUUUAUGAUUUGAAUACUCACUACCGGAAAAAAGAAAUUUUGUGAUUGUUAAUAGUAUAUGAAUCUUCAGGAUAAACUGGUAUUGAAGGGUACACAAUGGUAUACAAGGGCACAGAAUGGUUUAGAAGGGUAUACAAUGGUAUACGAGGGCACAGAAUGGUUUAGAAGGGUACACAAUGGUAUACAAGGGCACAGCACGGCUUAGAAGGGUAUACAAUGGUAUGCAAGGGCACAGCACGGUUUAGAAGGGUAUACAAUGGUAUACAAGGGCACAGCACGGUUUAGAAGGGUAUACAAUGGUAUACAAGGGCACAGCACGGUUUAGAAGGGUACACAAUGGUAUACAAGGGCACAGCACGGUUUAGUAGGGUAUACAAUGGUACACAAGGGCACAGCACGGUUUAGUAGGGUAUACAACGGUAUACAAUGUGUUUGAAUCUAGAGCAACCAUGCUGUUUGUGAGUGUUUUUAUCUAUUUUCAGUGACUUUUUAUGCUUGUGUGUAAAAUAAUUAAUGUUGUCGUCGUAUUUUUUUUUUAAAUGAGUUUUACUUAUAAAA